AUGUCAAUACCAUCAGGUAAAAUAUACAAACAAACUGCGGAAGGACUCGUUAAGUUUCCGUCGGAAUUGUUAAAAAUCUCGAGCUCAGUCACAACUGUUGAUUUGAGUGUCAACGCUUUUACUGAACUCCCUACAAUGGAAAAGUUCAAAAUAUUAAUGAACCUCAUUCUCAACACAAAUGCUAUACAAACACUUCCAGUGUCAUUUGCAAGAUUAACUUCAUUGAGAAAAAUAUCGUUCACUGCAAAUAAGUUCGUAGAGAUACCGCAACAAGUGUUUUCCUUGAUUCACUUGACUUAUCUCAACUUUUCACAGAAUCAAAUCACUGAAAUUCCACAUCAUAUUUCGUCACUUACUCAAUUAAAAGCGAUCUAUCUUUCUGUUAAUCGAAUUCAUAAAGUGCCAAUUGAAAUGUCGGUGUUAACUUCCGUGACUGGGAUCGAAAUAGAUAAUAACUUCCUCGACCAUUUUCCAGAAGCUUUUUGUCACUUAAAAAUGUUAGUAAAUCUCAAUGUGAGCUGCAACAAAAUUCCAUCGUUUCCAAAAGAAAUUACUAAUUUGAGUAAUUUGAAAACGCUACUUGGACAAUACUUGGGAUUAACAGAGUUACCUAACUAUUUCUCUGCACUUUCUUCCUUAAAUUCAAUCGACUUUGAAAACAACGCUCUCACGUCUUUAAACUUUUCUUCUAAUUCUCUUAAGAUGUUAACCCUCAACAACUUAACAAUAAACACACUUUCUUUUGCCAAUUUCCCAAAAUUAAUUCACUUGACUAUCAAAGGCGGCACUGUUUCGGAAGUGACCGAUUUACCUAAAUUGAAUGUACUUUUAUUGGAAAAUGUCAAAUUGAAUACAAUCAAAGCAAUUCCAUCUAUUGGGGACAUCUCUCUGUCAAAUAACAACCUUAAAACACUUCCACCACUCAAUACAACAAUCCGUUCUCUUGUAUUGAGAAACAACAAAUUAUCGUCCAUCCAAAUGUGCUCAAAUUACACACUCACUAAAAUUGAUUUAUCAGGAAACGCAAUGAUAGCAGUACCAUUACUCCCAAUCACUCUCAGAGUUCUUUGCAUCGCUUCGAAUAAAAUUAUUGAAAUUCCAAAUUUUGUGAGCAUGUUGACUAAUUUGAGGGAAAUCGACUUUUCCUACAACCACAUCACAUCAAUUCCAGAAAAUGUUAUAUCGUCCCUGACCAAUUUGGAAAGGUUGGUGUGCCACUAUAAUUAUAUCACUAUACUUCCAUUGUCUUUACUCAUCCUUCCUAAAUUAAAGUUACUCGGGUUGAAUCAUAACAGACUUUCCCAAUUCCCACCACGCCUUCCACCACAACUCACGGAAUUGAUGGUAGCUUCCAACUCAAUUAGAGUGAUACCAGACUAUUUAAGUAUGGUGUCCCUUCUUAAUAUCGACUUAAGUAACAACCAAAUUAUCAUGUUUGAUGCUUUAAUAAAAUGCACAACAUUGAAGGAUAUCAAUUUGUCGUGUAACCCUUUACUUAAAAUUCCAUACGAGUUCUUUGAAGAGAGCACUUCGUUGUAUAACCUUCAACGAAUCAAUUUGUCUGGAAACCCACUGAUGGAUCCAUUCGUAUGCAAACGGCCAAAAGCUUCCAUAUCUGCGACGAUAAAUCGAGAAAAGGGAAUUAUCACAACACCGGAAUUUGGGAGGUUACAACCAUUUGAAGAUGUCACUUGUGAACUUUUCGAAGAAACUAAUAUUGUGAAUGACUUUGGAAUUGCAGAUUGUAAAGGAUAUAGAGAAGAGAUGCAAGACUUCAUGGGAGUCAUUGACAACUACAUCAAGAAGGGAAACAGGCUUUAUGUAGUUUGUGAUGGUCACUCGGGGUCUGUUUCAGCGAGGCUUGUGGCUGCAAAAUUAGGUGGGUUUUUAGAGAAUAGUCUGACCAAGCAGUUUGAGACAAUUGAAGGUGGUUUGACACAGGCAUUCAGAGAUAUGAAUGAAGAACUUAUUAAGAUGGGAGUGAAGGAUGGAACAACAUGUCUGUGUGUUUUGGCUACUGAGCUCAACGUGUACACCGCAAAUGCAGGGGAUUGCAGGUGUUUACUUGUUGGUGACGAUUGCGUUGAACAGUUGACGACAGACCACCGCCCUUCAAAUCCACUUGAGUACAAACGGAUCAGAGAGUGUGGGGGAUAUGUUAUUGGGAGUCGGACAAAUGGAAAUUUAGCGAUAUCACGAUCUUUGGGCGACUCAACACAUCAAUCUGCAAAUACAUUUAUACCUGAGGUUAAGAUGUAUACAAAGACGCCAAAUGAUAUGUUUUUAGUGUUAGCGUGUGACGGUGUAUGGGAUGUUUUGUCCAACGAAUGUGUUGCUGAUUUAGUCAGAAAAUAUGCCGAUUAUCGCGCAUCUGUCAUAGCAAAUAUUAUUAAAGAUGUUUCUCUUAGCCUUGGCAGCACAGAUAACAUAUCGUGUAUUGUUUGCAAAUUCAAAUAA